GAACCUAUCGGCGGGAGUGAUAGUUCUGAUUGUGGUCGUGGUGUCGGUCAUUAUUGGGGCGGUUGUGGCAUUCCUAGUGUAUAGACAUGUCAGGCGACGACGCCAACGCCAGAAGAAGGACCGCAUUCAUCCCUUAUUUAACCUGCCGCCGACGCUACUGAGACGUAUGUUGUUCGCUUACGACAUAUAG